AUGGAUUUGAGAUUGGUAGGUUUGGAUGGUCCAGUAUUGCAUGCUCUUCACCAAAUGAUGGAUCUUUCAGACUACAAUUCUUCCGACAAGUCAUCAUCACACAAUGCUCCGACACGGUCGUAUGUUAGAGAUGCGAAGGCGAUGGCUGCAACUCCGGCGGACGUGAAGGAAUAUCCGAAUUCAUACGUGUUCGUGAUCGACAUGCCAGGGUUGAAAUCUGGUGACAUAAAGGUUCAGGUUGAAGAUGAUAACGUGCUUGUGAUAAGUGGUGAAAGGAAAAGGGAAGAAGAGAAAGAAGUGUGUCAAGAUGGGGUGUUGUGUGUUACCGUUGAGAAAUUGCCUCCUCCUCAACCUAAGAAACCCAGAACUAUUGAGGUUAAGAUUGCUUGA